GCUCCUCAAUCAUCAUCAUCACGACACCCAGCCUAGAUCGUCGAUGAUGGAGGCAGCCACUAUGAGGCGAUCUAACUGCUUCGUCUUCCCGCUGAUCCUACUGCUUCUGCUCUCUGUACGUCGCAGCGUCGACGGCGCCGGGGAAUGCGGGCGCGUCCCGGUGCAGCAGAUGGCGGUGCAGAUGGCGGUGUGCGCGACGGCAGGGCAGGACGCGACGGCGCAGGUCUCCUCCGGCUGCUGCUCCGCGGUGCAGAGAAUAGGACAGAACCCCGGGUGCCUCUGCGCCGUCAUGCUCUCCGACAUCGCCAAGAGCGUCGGCGUCAAGCCGGAGAUCGCCGUCACCAUCCCCAAGCGCUGCAAACUCGCCAACCGCCCCGUUGGCUACAAUUGCGGAGGCUACACAUUGCCGUGAUAGAGUAUAUAUAUAUAUAUAUAUAUAUAUAUAUAUAUAUUUUGAAGUAUUGUACGUGUUGUGAUGUGUCUAAGUAAGUGAUGUGCCGUACGUGUAAGUGUUGAUGAUGAACUAACUUGUUCAAAUCAAUGGAAUUGAAAGUCUUCCCCAUC